CACCUCAAUUAAUGAACGAAUUAAACGAAUCAACAAAUUAAACGAACGAGACAGCAGCGAACGACAUUCAUCAACAAGAGAUGACGCUGAAGCUGUAUGUGGAACGGAUGUCCCAGCCUUCUCGAGCCGUUCUUAUUUUUUGCAAGGUAAAUGGAAUAGAGUUUGAGGAGGUCUCAAUUCGUCUUGCCAAAGGCCAACAUCGAACUCCUGAAUUCAUAGAAAUUAAUCCCAUGAAGCAAGUGCCUGCCAUAGUGGAUGGAAGAUUCAAACUGUUUGAGAGUCACGCAAUUAUGAAAUAUCUGUCUCGUGCAUAUCCUGGGGUGGCGGAUCAUUGGUACCCUGCUGAUGUCUAUAAAAGAGCAAAGAUAGAUUCAGUGCUGGACUGGCAUCACACUCAUUUACGACGUGGUGCAGGCGGUUAUGUGUUGAACACUGUGCUGGCACCUUCGCUCGGCUUUCCAUUGAAUCCACAAGCAGCAGCUGAAGCUCUGAAAGUCCUCACGGCAUCCCUUGAUAAGAUCGAGUCAUUUUGGCUCCAACCGAAUGGACGCUUUCUAUUGGGAAGUACCCAACCUUCAAUUGCAGAUCUUAGCUUAGUUUGCGAAAUCAUGCAGCUCGAGAUUUUGGGGAAGAAUGGGGAAAGAAUACUAAGCCCAUACAAGAAAAUUGCAAAUUGGAUUGAUGAUACAAAGGAAGCAACUGCACCCCAUUUCCAUGAAGUCCAUUCUGUUCUUUUCAAAGUCAAAGAGAGGUUACUCCAUAAACAAUCUGCACCAGACUUGCAUUCAAAGAUGUAACAUUGGUAAACAUCUUUGAAUGUUUUGUACUUUCUGAUGUAAUUUUUUUUGAAUGUAUUGUACUCGUUCGAUAAGAUACUACCGUCAUACUCCGUAUCAUAUUUCAUUUUGUAAUUUUUUAUGUAGUUUUUAGAUAUAUACUCUAAAUAUGUUUCUUCAGUUAAACCUCGUAAACAAUAACCGAUGAUUUAAAUUUGGAAUGGAGGGAGUGUAGUUUUGUCACCUUUUGUAUUGUAAAAAUUUUUGUCGUUAGUUUUUAAUUACGGAGAAUAAAUUUUACUGAGUAUG